AUGGCUACCAGGGCUGCACAUAAGCGACUCACUCGCGAGUAUCAAAACAUCCAAAAGAACCCGCCUCCGUUUAUCGUGGCACACCCAUCAGAGACCAACAUAUUAGAGUCAGGAUCCCUCGCCACCAAACAUGCAGAAGAUAUACUAAUAAGCCGAGUCGUGCAGGUGGCAUUACAUAUUGACCGGACCGCCGAAAACUCCCUACGAAAAUGGCCAAUACUGGGGUACUUUGAUCUUCCCACCGGAAUACCCUUUCGCGCCACCGGCUAUUCUAUUAGUGACUUUCAUCCAAAGUCUUUUAACCCAGCGUGGGAGGUGUCGACAAUUCUUAUCGGUCUGCUGAGCUUCAUGACCAGCGAGGAAAUGACCACGGGCAGCGUUAGUGCCUCAGACAGUGAACGCAGGCUUUUCGCCGCACGUUCACGCUGGUGGAACUCUACAGGCGGAGGAUCGCAAUCCAAUAUCCCUGCUGGCGUUACGACCUCCAGCAGGGGAAUCAACAAUAUUAAGGCUGGCGAUGGCGGCCUUAAAUUUCGGACCGAGUGGCCAGAAUUAGAUGAAGAGAAUUGGAAAUGGAUAAAGGACAAUCGUAUCGACGCAGCAACUGGGCAUAUCAUUCCUGACCCCAAUUCUUUAACAUCAAACAACUGCUCGCCCGAGACCUCGGCCUUUCGUCGACGUCCUAUUGGAAGCGGUCCGCGACUGGGCGCCGUGAUGGGAGGCGGUCAAGUGGCGAGAGAAGCAGGCCAAGGCUGGUCGAUACUCUCAGACUUCCAAGACAAAGAAUAUCCAGAAACCGCGGCAUUAUGCACAAACAGUGAUUUUGUUCCUAUGAUUUACUUAAGUCGAACCACCAUCCAAACAGCAAUGGGUUGGUUUUGGGCAGAUUCUCAGCGGCCGGCCGCUAUGCCUGCUACCACGCCUUCAACAGCAGCAGCGCCUCCACCUGCAUGCCCAAUGCAUCAGAAGGAUUCUGCAUCUCAAGUACCCAGCACAUUGGAAGCAUCGCAACCAAGCGCGUGCCCCGUGAAAAGGUCACCUAAUUCACCGUUCUACACGCCGCCCCCAUCACAGCCACAGCAGCAGUCAUCUUCAGAGAACCAAAUAUCGAAUGCCGAGUCAUCCUCGUCGAGUAAUAAAUCAAGGAUAAACCCACUUAACUAUAUGUUCUCCUUCAUUUCACAAGAACGCGCCCCAAGUCAGACAGUCGAUUUGCCCGUUGAUCGUGAAAUCUCCUCUAUUCCACGCGCUGACGGAGCCGGAGGGAACUGGGAAUACCCGUCGCCGCAGCAGAUGUAUAAUGCGAUGCUUCGAAAGGGAUAUACUGACACGCCACAAGACGCGGUGGAGUCGAUGGUCGCGGUGCACAAUUUUCUGAAUGAAGGCGCUUGGGCCGAGAUAGUCGAAUGGGAGCAGAUAUUCUCAAAAGGCUUGGGUAGUGGCUGGGAAAAGUGUAAGCGUGGCAAUGAGAAUCUUGCGAUUGAGUUGGCCAAGGAACGGAUCAGAAACAAUCUGGACGAAGAGCAACCCUCUCUCGUACGAUUUCAGGGACGCCCACAGGAUUUGAGUCCAAGGGCUAGGAUAAUGCAAGCUCUGGGAUGGCUGUAUCCGGCUAAGUUUGGAACCGAACCACCCUUUGAUCGACAUGAUUGGUACGUGUCUCGACAAACACCCUCCGGCACGAAAGAAGUCCGCUAUGUGAUUGAUUACUAUUCCGGGCCGCCUGAGCCAACCGGUGAACCCGUGUUCUUCUUGGACAUCCGUCCAGCUGUAGACACGCCCACAGCGGCCGUUGAGCGGCUGAUGAGAUGGGGAGGAGAUGUCUGGUGGCGAGCUAGCGGUGGCCAGGCACGAGAGAAUAAAUAA